UUGUUGUGUUUGGAACCAACAACAGAGCGUGCGGUGUAUGUAUGUCGUGAGUCUAGCCCCGCUCCUCGACAGAAGAAGCAACACACGACGGGCAACACAUACGCACGCGCACUAUGAAGUAUCUCCAUGCGCUACGGCGGGAAGUGUUUGCCCUGCACGCCAGAGCGCCCCAAAAUUUGCUGCGCUCGCCGGCGGCGUUGCCCUCUGCGGCUGAGGAGCAGAGGGGCAGGCCUUCUCUCUUGCGCCAUGGGCAAGGGUGUGGAGCGGGCUGCGGCUGUGUGUGCGACGUCCAGGUAGCGGUGGACCGGGAGGGGGUUGUGAGGGACGCGACGUUUGCGGCGAAGCGGCUGGCGAUGGGGGUGGACGGGGCGCCUCUUCGGUCGAGGACAGGCAGGCUGCUGGUGCACGACUGCCCUUGCGAUACGCUGGUCUCCCUAGGGUCGAUAGCCACGACCGAGUGCCGGGGCGAGUCCCUCGAGUCGCUGCGUAACCGCCUACUCUUCUCGCCGAGCGCCCCCCCAUCGUUUGUAAGGAACCUCGUUCGAAAGUUGGGCCAGCCGACAUCCGCUGCUACUUGCGCGCAGGUGGUAGAAGCAGCACUGACGACAGCGCUAACGGACCGCCCUUACAGCAAGCCUCUCGCCGUGUAUGGGGGGCAGGGCAGCCACGUAGCCCCCGGGCAGGGGACGGGGGCGGUAGCGACGGCCACGGGGCCCCACGGCGGUGGCGGCGGCAUGGAUGGGGUCCCCCUGGAUGGAACUUUAUCGGACGGGGAGAUCGACGAGGACGGUCUUGCGGAGGUCGACUUCCGGGACCAGUAUGACGAAGAGGCGUGAUCGGGGGUACUCAUGACCGUGCAAUCUUUAGACCAUUGACCUCGCAUCCCUACGAAGCCGGGACGGAGCGCGCCAGGUCGAUUCUCACCGGACCAGGCGCGCACAUAACCAUGCGCGAAGCGCAGUGGGGCAUUCGGCGAGUCGCAUGGAGGCAGGGGGGGGUGGCACGGCGGCGCGGCGCCCACUAUUGGAGAGCGCGCGCGCUGAACUACUGCUGUUAUGGACGAGCUUAUGGAUGAGGUAGGCGGCACUAGCACGAACAAAACGCAUAGAAUGGGCGGCGAAGGGUGCUCAGGCUCGUUGUGGUUGGAACGAGCCGCGCGAUUGUCGGCUCGGAAAAGCAAAUCGCGGGGUUUGGUGUUUAAGAGGCGAUGGUCGAUGCAGUGCGUUUCACGUAGAUGAGUUUAGCGUGUACAUUUUAGGGCGGGCGUGCCCCGGGAGGUACGGCUGUAUCUACGUACUCCCCUUCGUUUUUUUUUUUUUCAUCACCACACGCGGCGGGUUCGAGAACGCUUGCGAAGGCCGAGCUUUUUCACUCGCCACCAUCAGCUUCUGGCGGUUGAAACUCCAACACAACCGAUUGUAACGAUUCCCCUGCCCCACGCAAAUGCGCAUGCAUGCAUCGACGGGGUUGCUAGGGUUGUUGGGAUAGGAGAUACCUCGGGCAUUUUCUAGUGGUAAACCAAAAAAAAAGAAUUGUAGCAACGAAUGUGGCACUAGCAGGAUGGCGGGCGUUUAACGGUGGUUUGUAUUUCCGGCGCCACCCACGCCCUAACAUUUUCUUGUUGGCAUGUGUGAUAUGAUGUGUUACGUUGUCUCCUCAGUUGUAUAUAUGGCGCCGGGCGGCGUGUUUGUACACUGUCUGGUUUUGUGCGGUGAGGAUGGGUGCAUGUUUUGUGGCUUUUGUGUGCCUUUGGGCGUUACGGCUACCUUUCCCCGCAUGUAGCCUUCCCGUGGGUUGUGCAUUGUUGUUUGCCUGCUCGUUGCACGGUGUAUCAAACUUUGCUUUUUAGCCUACAGGGUGCCUGCCCAUGAACAACCUCAGCCAAACUUGAGAUUUGGUGUUGCCCACGUCCCUUUUUUCAAGUGCCCUUGAUACAUGUACCGCGUGUAUUUCUCUCUCCCUCAGCCCCUCGCAAAAUCAGGGAUUAGAGCCAGGGGAAACAAGCCCGGUGCUUUGGCCGGCGCACAAAUCCGUGCCGGUAUUUGAUGGUUGCUUUCGGUGAUGAUGUUGGAACGCUCUGGUUCAAAGCAAUUCUUCGUGUGCUCGCGGAUGCUCUUCACCUCCUCGACAAGGCAGCCACAGCCAAAAACGUUUGUGCGUGUUUGUAGCUUGCACCCGAUCCCUGCGGUUAUUACCCCACCAGCGGUUAUGUAGGGUGUAUCGUCCCGAAUGAGAGGUAGGAUGCGACCAGUUUAGUUGAUGUGCAUGAUGCGCUUGCUUGUUUGUUUUUUCGAUCCGGCGGCGCUUAAUUUGUUUGAUGCGCAUGAUUGUUUUUUUUUGUACGUGCCCGGUGGAACAUUAUUACGUAGCGCUUUGCAACACACGCGCAAUGAAUCUUGCGAAACACUCUGAGCAGGCACGUUGCAAGCGCGGUGUCUCAGGUUGUCCGUUGUGUAUUGGUGGGUGCCUUCCUCUGUGAAUUGGCAUGAGAUUUGUUGUUACAAGGGAAUAUAACGAGGAUAAUUGUACCUCUUGCGUGGUUAUGUAGUGCCACAAUCUGGUGGUGUUCUGGUAUGUCUUGGUUUGGGUCGUGUUGUUGAAUCUUUUGAUACACUUUCGGCCCUGGCAAGAUCGCGCAGCCAUGCAAUUAGUCUGCGCGUGUGUGCGUUGUGUGGCGGAACCCCCACGGUUGUGUAGCUCAGGCGGCCUUCUGAUGAUCAGAACCAACAAAAGUCGGUAGAGACUUGACUGCAAGGAUUACUCACUUGAUAUAUAUACUUUCAAUUAUGGCGAGCCAGAACCCUUUUCACCGUCAUGACUGCAUUUGGUCGUUAGUGUGUUCUUCGCGUGUCGGCGAGAACAACACAAGUACGGAAGUUCCCGAACGUGGGUAAUAUCGACGCCAAGCCGCCCAAUCUUUUUGCGUGUCUCGAAAAGUCUUGCUUUCCUAUGUGUGUGUUGAGUGAUUCGCGCGUUGCUGCCACAAGAGAACUAGAUGUAGAGGUGCAGGCCCUCGCGUUCGGUGUGCCCCUUGAUAUCAGGCACACGAAAAAUAAUAGUCUACCUCCCCAUCCAAAGGGGGACUUUUGUAACUCCCGGUCUUGCUGGGAAGUACUUUUGUUGAGGUAUUGCCGCGGGGGGUAUACCCUUCCCCGGAAACCACUGGGCUACCGUGCUUGGCGCCUUGAUUAGUGUUCGCUGUGUGUGUGCCCGUCCCAUCUAUUCUGGCGCCGGUUUACCGGCCUUUCGGCGUAUAUUUUCCUGACGUAUCAGCCGGGGGCACACAAGAGGAACGUCACACAGGAGCCCUUUUUAUUGUUUUUCUUGUUUGCUGUAUUGCCCCACCUUCCCCUUAUUUUUUUUGUUUUUUAUCGCGAGAAGGGUUCAGCCAUCCCUUUCCCUCCUCGACCGUGAAGUCGAAGUUAAGUGUGCUUAUCACGACCUAGAUCGCUUUCCGCCGCAACGUUGUUGAAAACAAAUCCCGGGAAAAAAUCCCUCCGUGCCUGGAAAAAAAGAGGAGCCCUAGUGGUUUCACGAGGAGUACCAGGGACUCGGGUUCCGCAUCGCCCUUACUGCGAACACUACACGACCAAAAGCGCUUUGCCAGUCUUCCUCCCGUAGGAACUCCCGGACGCGUCGACUGGCUGUACUGACUCGACACUCGAAAAUCCAAUACACCGCUGUAGAACUUAAGACCCAGCGCAUUAUGCAGCUCGAUCAAUCGUGUUGCCUGGUCGGGCUCGAAGUCAUCAGAAUCGAGCCCACCCACGCUCAACUCCAUGUAGGUAGGCCUCUCGGCUCUCCAUGAAGGGCAACUUACUCCCGAAUUGCUUGCUCCUGCUACCCAUUGCCAUCAACGAGCCCGAACUCUCAUUCUACAAAACCAUUGCUCAAUCCUGUAUAUGAGAACCACGAGAGCUUGCGGUCGGUCGGGCAAACAUGCUUGCCUUCCAGACUGACCGUUAUCGAUGAACGCGACCAUCAAGCACAAUGUAGACGCAAUCCCGUCGUCACUGCUUAAGAGCUCUGGACGGCCCUCUCUGGGCGUGCCCUUGUCCGUCGCCUUCUCUACAGCGGUGCCGACAGCGAAUCUCAAAACGCACUGAUAAUUCUACCGCUCUCUCCAUUAACUCCUAAAAGCUUGUAAACCACAAACAUACAGCCCAUAAACUUUGGAGCUCCCCCAAGUGUCCUUACACCUUAGACAAGAUUGCCAUUGAUCCAAGACCAUACACAUUCCACAAUAAACUACUUGUUGGCGAGCGGUGCCGGCGUGUGAAACACGAUAUACUAAUCGACUGGAAAACGUUGUGACAAGUCCCCAUCUACUUGCUGCGGCAACUCC